AUGCCGGUUUUGUGGACGACGUCUAGGUUGGCGGCCAUGGGCAGACUUCUCUUCCGUAUGGUACCGGAGCAACAUGAUGCGGUUUGUCAACACUGGCGGUUUGACCAUUGGUGCCCAAAUCAAAGCUGUUUACUGGGUGGCAGGGUCAGGGUCAGGAAGGCCUCUCUACGGAGUGGACUAUGGACUCUGGACGCUACACCGCACGCUGUUGUCGCUGUUUCUCAAGUGAGAGGCUCCAUGAAUGGUCUGGUGCAGGAUGAGCACGCAUACACCACGUACCUACAUCACUCUUCUCUAAAGCUUGAUCAGAUCAUUGUGCAGGCGGCCACGCAUCACUCAACCGUUCCUGCUCAAGAAAGCACCUGGGACGUCAUCGUACCCCUUCGACAACAGCGUGAGUCUGGCCUUUUGAUGAUGACAUGCCCAUACCGAUCCAUCAUCCCGCGCCGCCGCUGUUGUGGAAAAUGGGUGGUCUGCCAGCUGGCUCUGGCUCUGGCUCAAGAACCCCUGCUUCAUAUCAAUCCUGGUCGGUCGAGCCGCCAAUUGCUUUUCUCUCCUCUUGAGCAUCGAAAUCUUACCAGACUUUUUCCACCGACUGGUUCUGGCAUGAGCUAA